GGCUCGGACCCGGGUGGAAGGAUUAAUUCUGCAAAGGGCACAGCGUCCAGUGCUCCAGCUGAGGAUCUAAACUGAAAGCCACCUCGCUGCCACCAUGCCUAACUUUUCUGGCAACUGGAAGAUCAUCCAAUCGGAAAACUUUGAGGAAUUGCUCAAAGCUCUGGGGGUGAAUGUGAUGCUCAGGAAGAUCGCUGUGGCUGCAGCAUCCAAGCCAACAGUAGAGAUCAAACAGGAGGAUGACUCUUUCUACAUCAAAACCUCCACCACUGUUCGAACCACGGAGAUUAACUUCAAGAUUGGGGAGGAAUUUGAGGAGCAGACUGUGGAUGGGAGACCCUGUAAGAGUUUGGUAAAAUGGGAGAGUGAAAACAAAAUGGUGUGUGAGCAGAGGCUUCUGAAGGGAGAGGGCCCCAAGACCUCCUGGACCAGAGAACUGACCAAUGAUGGAGAGCUGAUCCUGACCAUGACAGCAGAUGACGUUGUGUGCACCAGGGUCUACGUCCGAGAGUGAGCGCCUAUGGGUCCAAGAACUGCCACAGACUUCUUCCCCUCCCCCGACAGCCACUAAGCCCCCUCCCUUGUCUAUUUACAAGCUAGCUCUCCCUUAACUCCUGAGGAUCACUGCUUCCUCCAGGGCCUUUUGUUUUUUGCCUCCUCUAUGCCAGAGAGGAACAGACUACAAUAGCCCAGAACCCCUUCCUCCAUCAUCUCGUGCCCCUCCCCAGGUCAGCAGUCUCAGCUCCAUA